CCGUGUUCUUGCGAAUGAGCGGUUCUUGGAAAAGCAUUCUCCCUUCCCAAGCCUCAAGAGAAAUCGAGUGUGCUACAGCCUCAAUUCUGCUGGGCUCCAAAGCAUGCGCUGAGGUCAGAAACACAGAGCAGCUUCACGUGUAUUUUUGCACUCUAAGUUGGUCCUGUAUUCCAUUGUAAUAAUGUUGCAAACAGUAAAACCAAAGAACGCCCGUUCAAAGCGAGUAGCCUCGCAAAAGGCCCCUCAGGUUGUUGAGAACCCAAAAACAACUCUCUUCCUCCGAGGCGAGAAAUGCUCCCAAAUCGUUCAGUUGGCCCUCGCCGACUUGAACACGCUCAAAGCGCCGAAUACAAUUAAAUUUCACAAGAAAAACCAGAUACAUCCUUUCGAAGAUGCUUCCUCACUCGAAUUCUUCUCCGAGAAGAACGACGCUUCGUUGCUGGUGUAUGGGUAUACAAGCAAGAAGCGGCCGCAUUGCUUGACCUUUGUGAGAAUGUUCCACUAUAAGGUCUUAGACAUGUUGGAAUUCUAUAUUGACCCUGAGGGAUUUCGGACAUUGAGUCAGUUCAAGAAUCAGAAGGUUAGCGUGGGGAUGAAACCCUUACUCGCUUUUUCUGGUGCAAUUUUUGAAGGCCCAGGGCAGACUGCAUGGACGCUGGCAAAAUCUUUUUUCACGGAUUUCUUCAAAGGCACAGAUGUGCCAGCAGUCGAUGUUGAGGGAUUGCAGUACAUGAUCCAUAUAUCAUCAGGCGAGGAAGUAGAGGGUCAGCCUGCGCCGUUGAUUCAUCUGAGGGUGUACAAAAUAAUUACGAAGCGAUCCGGGCAGAAAUUACCGCGGGUCGAAAUAGAAGAGAUUGGCCCUAGGAUCGAUUUAAGAGUGGGAAGAAUGCAGCAUGCGGAUGAGAGCAUGAUGAAAGAGGCGCUCAAGAAGCCAAAGCAAUUGGAGCCGAAGACGAAGAAGAACAUUGAAACUGAUAUGAUGGGCGAUAAGAUUGGCAAAGUGCACGUGGGCAAACAAGACUUAAGCGGACUUCAGACAAGGAAGAUGAAGGGUCUCAAGAGAGCCCGGGAGGAAAUGAUGGACGUGGAUGAGGAUGAGUUCAACGGCCUGAGCGACGACGACUUAGCAGAGACUAAGAGAGCAAGGUGAUCAGACAAAUUUCCACACAUAGGCUCAAGUGUACACGAAUAUGAUGUAAUCUCUAUUUGUGUUAGGCGCAAUGUUGAACCGAAGACCUAAUUCAUCAUUCGGAGCGCGAAAUUAUAACCGCUCUACUUGUGGUGCUUCUGUAGCAUAAGACAUAAGAUAGUUGGAGUCAUUCAUAGCAAUACAUAAACACCUCGGUUGAUAAGUAAA